UCACAGGAACCUUUGUCAAGGGAACCUUUGUCAAGGGAACCUUUGUGUCGAGCACGUGCUGCAGAAGGCUACCACAUUCAAGGGUAGACAUGCCUAGGAUUGCCCAGCUGCCGAAACACCAGACCAAUGUUGAUUCCUCGUAUCUUAAAGCAGGGCUCAGGUCACACUCAUACUUAUAUCACUGCUGAAUCCCUCCCAGUACCGACUUCCCCUCCUUCCGUGUCUAUCUCUACUACUCCGUCCGCCUUGAAGAGAGUUAGCCGCUCAUCUGACCAUUGACCAACACAUGAGAUCCUAGGCAACGUUCUCAGCACGCUGAAGCCAUGCCUGAUACCAAUAUCCUCGUGGUUGGGGCGUCCAUAGCUGGCCCCAUGACCGCUUACUGGUUAGCCAAAGCAGGGGCAAAUGUCACCGUAAUUGAGCGCUUCCCAGAGCUGCGCGGCGGUGGACAGAGCAUUGAUAUUCGCACCACCGGUGUUGCGGUUAUGCGCAAAAUCCCAGGUAUGGAGGAGGCCGUGCGAAGGAAGUUCACUCAGUUAGAAGGCAUCAGUCUGGUGCGUGACAACGGACAGCCAUAUGGAACCCUCAAAGCAACUGGCAACCCAGAUCAACAGUCGCUUGUUUCAGAAUAUGAGAUCCUUAGGGGCGAUCUGUCAAAGAUACUCUUCGAUAUGACCAAGGACAGCGACAAGAUCAAGUACAUCUUCAACGAGCAGAUUGCCUCAAUGCAACAAGCCGAGUCUGGCGAUGGUCCGAUCACAGUCAAUUUUCUCAAUGGCUUUCCAACCUCUACGUACGACCUCGUGGUUGCUUGUGACGGCUCAACAUCCAGGACUAGAGCUAUGGGCCUGGGUUGCGGUCUCCGGGAUUAUGUCGAAUCCACUAACAGCUGGGCCGCUUUCUUCUCAAUUGACCAGGAUCUCGCCCAGGGUAGUAAAGUCGGACAAGGAUACAAUGCUACCGGUGGCCGGUUUGUCGCUCUCGGAUCUGAUCCAGAUGGCGUCAAUCGAGCAGUCUUUAUGUGCUUGCGGCCGCACCAAGACGCGGUGGAAUCAUUCCGCGAAGCGAUGAAGCAAGGAGAAGACGCCCUCAAAGGGUUUGUCGCCCGCCACUAUCAAGAAGUGGGCUGGAAAACUCCUGAGAUCAUCAAGUGCAUGAUGGAUUCGAAAGAUUUUUACGCCAACGAGAUCGUGCAAAUCAAACCUCCUACGCUCUUCAAAGGCCGAUUUGUCCUGGUUGGCGACGCAGGCUACGCACCGGGGCCUACUGGCACGGGCACCACGCUUGCCAUGACCGGGGCAUAUACAUUGGCUGGCGAGCUCAACAAGCAUAAAGGCGAUCUGCAGGCAGGACUUGAGGGUUACGAGAAGCAGAUGAGACCACUCAUUGAUGACAUGCAGAAGACAUCGUCAGUAAUUUACACAAUCAUUGCGCCACAAACAGCAUGGGGAAUAUGGAUCCGGAACCAUAUUUUCGCAUUUAUAACCUGGAGCAGGAUUAUCGAUGUUGCUCAGAGAUACUUGGGUGGUGCUUUUGCGAGCGGCGACAAAUAUGCCUUGCCAGAAUAUGAGUGGGCAGCAUAAUGCCAUAAUAUUUCGAGCGACCUGGAAAGACGCCAUGGGAUAUCUAGGCAUGAUGCUACUGUCAUGUUAAUUGUACCAUUAUUUCUUAUAUCAGUCUGCAUCCGCAGGUUACGUUAUAGCAUGUCCAGAUUCUCCUCAUUCAAAGAUACUAGGUAUGGUG